AUGGCAAGGACACGAUUAUUUUUUUUUCCUCUCAUCCUACUCACUCUUUCACUUCAUGUGAACGCCGAUUCCUCCCCGUCUCCAUCUCCGCCGCAAUCGCCGUUUCUGUCACCGGCUGACACUCCAUAUCCGUCGCCAUCGCAGCAAUCACCGGCUGACACUCCAUCUCCAUACUCUCCUUUAGAUUUGUCGCCGCCAGCGCCGCCUCCGUUAAAUCCGACUCCAGUUUCAACUACUCCGGCUCCUUCACCGGAGGAUUCUACUUUAAUUAACCACAUCGGUCUUGAUGAAAAAAUAGAUGAUGAUUCGUCGGCAGAAGGAAUGAGUGGAAGCAAGAAAGCAGGGAUAGCGAUCGGAAUAAUAGUGGCGGCGAGCGUGCUUAUGUUGGCAGGGAUGGUGUACAAGAAACGGAAACAGAAUCUACAGAGAAAUCAGUAUAAUUACGGCGUAAGGAGAGAUAUUAUGUAA